CUCCUAUCUUUUCCAACUUCCCUCUCUCUAAAUAUGCAUGAUUUGGGUAGAAGGCGCGUGGCACCAUGUCAUCCGUUGAUUGCUUUUGUUGGUGUAGUGAGCGGGAAAAUUAAAGGAAAUUGGCGGGUAGAGCCUCCUUAUAAAUAAUAAUAAUAAAUUAGGGGUAAAUGAAAACUUAGAGAGAGAUGGGAAAGGAAGUGAAGAGGUUUCUGCUGAAAACAGAACCGUCUGAGUGGUCAUGGGAGGACCAAGAAGCAAACGGAGGGAUAAGCAAAUGGGAUGGCGUUAAAAACAAACAAGCUCAGAAAUAUCUCAAAUCCAUGUCACUCAACGAUCUCUGCUUCUUCUACCACUCUGGCCCUAAGUCUCGUCGCAUCGUCGGCGUUGUUUCUGUCGUCAAGGAAUGGUACACCGACAACGACGACGACGGUGCGGUGGAUGUGAAAGCUGUUGGAGAAAUGAGGAGGGUGGUUGAUUUGAAGGAGAUGAAACAUUUGAAGGAUUUUGUUCUGUUGAAGCAACCUAGGCUUUCUGUUGUUCCUGUUCCUCAUGUUAUUUGGGAUACUAUUUGUGAUUUGGGAGGUGGGUAUCAUGGUGAUGGGAAUCAUGAAUCAAACCCCUGUUGAUUCAAUUUAUCAAUUGUAAU